UUGAUGAGAAUCUUUUUUCUUCUUUUCUCUAUUCACUUCUUUUUUUUCUUCAACCAAUUCAACCCCAUUUUAUAAAAUUGGCGCGUUUAUUUGACGGCUGCGGUGCUGUCAAAUGAACCUGCAACUCCCGAUUUUAUCCUUUCUCUAUUCCCCUUCCCCUCCUGGUGUCAUCUAAAUGCCCACCAUCUAUUCGUCCUUGUACCAGAAUUUCAUCCGUCAAGGAUUUGCGAAAUCUUUCACCCAUGGCUACGCGCAAUCUGUCGUAGCUGCUACACAUCCCCAUGUUCUAAAUUCACAGAACCGUCCGUCGUUCGCUCGACGUAACAGUCAGCGCGUCGGACGUCUUACCAGUCUCCAGCUCCAAAAUGCCUUCCAUAGCUCCAAUUCGAAUGCUCGACAUGAUCUUCGCCACGAGAAAGAAGGAAGUCAUGGAAAUCUGGAUGCCUACUUUGAGGCCCUGAGGAAACAGCAGGAUAGUGGCGACCUGGAAAAAGAAUGGACUCAAUUUCAGUUUCCCAAACCCAUCGAGUGGAAGCCGAAUGCUUCGUCCGUUCUAGAGGACACCGAGGCCAAUGCUCAGGAUGUCGAUGCUGCCGAGGCCGCUGAAGCGAAUCAUAAUGCCGGCGAGGAUCUACCGGUUCCCGUUGACAUAGAUGUCGCGUUGGCGCAUAUCGAUGCUGCUAUAGAGAAGGAGAUCGAAGUUCGCGAGUUACGAGAAGCUUUGGAGAGCCCCGCACGUUCUCUACGAGCAUCGGCCCCUUCUAUCACGAGUGGCAUCCAGUCCCGAGCCAGGUCCCCGGUCCUUGAACGACCAGCAACUUCUCAUAGCAUUGCCCGCACAGCAACCCCGCCGGUUAAUCCCCAGUCUAAGAGCUACGCAGACCACCUAACGAAGCUUUCCGAAGAUGGUCGAUAUGCGGAGAUUCCUGCUGUCUUCGAGGCUAUGCUUGUUGCCGAUAUCAAGCCAACUGCUGCAUCCUACAAUGCCUUAUUGGUCGCCGCUAUCCACAUUCCUACCGAGAAGAUCGAGGUGGUUUCCAAGGCUUUGGAUGUCUAUGCUGAUAUGAUGAGGCGGAAGAUCACACCGGAUAGCGACACGUACAACAUUCUAGUUGGCCUAUUAGCUGCUCGAUGUCUAGAGGUAUCCACUCUCAAGAAGGGCCUGGAGGAGAAGCGUCUUCGUUUCGGUGGUAUGGAUGAGCCUGGGAAGUUCAUGUUCGCCUCGAAUGAGCUGGAACACGCCAUUCUCUCGGAGGACGACAGGCUCGACCUUGCCAUCAAGCUGUUUGAGACUUCUGUCUUAACCCAGAGGGCUAAUUACUCAUCGGAAACCUACCAUCAACUAAUCUCAGCAUGUGCCCAAGCUGGCCGAGUCUCCGAUAUGCUACACUUAUUUGAGCAUAUGGAGCUGAGCGGUUCUGUCCCCUUCGCAGCUACCUUCCCCUCGAUGAUCACUGCAUUCGCCAACACAGGUGACUUGGCCAGUGCUGUCGAGUGCUAUAAUGAGUACAAGGAUCUUGCCGUCGCUCACGACAACGGUAACUACACGCUCAAUGAUCGACUGGAUUCCCAGGUUUACGCUUCUGUCAUCAAUGCUUAUGUUAUCAACGACAAGCUCGAUGGUGCCAUGAAGUUCUACGAGAAGAUCGUGAAAUCGUACGGAGUGGGUGCCGCUGAAAUUCAGGACGCUAUUAUUAGCGGUGGAUUCGUAAAAGGUUUCACUGCGAGGGGUAUUUACCACGAGGCACUUCAAUGGGCGCAGGCUAUUGAGAAAGAGGCCCGCUUGGGUGCUUUGGCCGAUAUUGCUACUGCUGCUGCCGACUCUGGUGACCAUCAUACAGCAGCUACUGCGUUUGCCCAUAUUCCUACAGUGUUCCAGGGUAUUGCUACUCCAGCGAUGGCUUUACUAGCCCUUAGCGUUCGUCACGGCGAUGUCUCGGCUGCAACUCGAUAUUGGCAUAUACUCAAUAGCCCUGAGAUCAAGGUUGACUCAUCUUUCAUUGAGCCGGCAGCCAUGUAUGCGGUUGCGAUGAUUGGUUCCGGUCAGGUGGCUGAAGGGUUAACUCAGUCCGAGAUGAUGUUCCAGCGGAUUCGGGCUUCCGAAAGCGAGGGGAAACGAAAUCUUACGGAUGAACUGGAAGAAGCCGCCGAAUUUAUCACUCGAUUCAUGACUACUCGUGGUAUUGUAGACCCCCGCGAAAUUGCUACGCCGGUUAGUUUCGAGCAGCAGGUCUUCACUGCGUCGCCUUACCCUUCAACGCCUACCGUCUCAAGCUACGAGGAAAACUUUGACCCUUAUGCCCACAACACUGAUUUCAAGGGCUCAUCCAUCAUCUCGGAUGAACUUGAAGGUGCUCACGGACGCAAGGGACCGCGACUCCACGAGGCUCUAACUCGUUUCCGCAACAUGCGACGUGCAGGACGUCAUCCAAGGUACAUCACUUACGCCAAGAUGAUAUCUGCUGCCGCGCGAGAAAGCAAGAUGGACCUGUGCCAUGAGAUUUUAGCUACAGCACGCAGUGACGUCCCUUUCCUCCCACAGUACUCCGUCGUCCGUUAUGGUUGGUCCUCUAUUCUUGAUGCUAUGGUUGGUGCUUGCUUGACCCUCGGUGACCGUGUCCUGGCAGAGCAAUACCAUCUUGAACUUCUCGAGAUGGGAGCUGCUCCCUCGGCCAACACCUUCGGUCUCUACAUUACCACCCUCAAGGAAUCCACCAAAACCUUUGACGAGGCCUCCGAAGCUGUCAAGAUUUUCCACCGAGCUAAGGCUGAAGGUGUUGAGCCUUCGUCCUUCUUGUAUAACGCCCUGAUUGGUAAACUUGGCAAGGCUCGACGUAUUGAUGACUGUCUGUUCUACUUCGCCGAAAUGCGCGCCCUUGGUAUUAAGCCAACCAGCGUCACCUAUGGAACGAUUGUCAAUGCCCUUUGCCGUGUUAGCGACGAGAAAUUUGCCGAAGAGCUCUUCGACGAAAUGGAGUCCAUGCCCAACUACAAGGCCCGUCCAGCUCCGUACAACAGUAUGAUGCAAUUCUUCCUCACUACCAAGCGUGACAAGACCAAGGUCCUCGCAUACUACGAUCGAAUGCAGGCUAAGGGAAUUGCACCAACUGCUCAUACGUAUAAGCUUCUUGUCGACACUCACGCCACUCUCGAACCCGUGAACAUGACCGCCGCUGAAGUUGUCUUGGACAUGAUUCGUGCUUCUGGCCAGAAGCCCGAGCCGGUACACUACGCCUCUCUCAUCCACGCUCGUGGAUGUGUCCUUCACGACAUGCAGGGAGCCAGGAAGAUCUUCGAUUCGGUUAUGAGCGACCCCAGCAUUCAUCCCAACGCCUGCCUUUUCCAGGCGUUCUUUGAAGCCAUGGUCGCUAACCACCAAGUCGCGGAUACUGAGGAGCUUUUGUCUGUAAUGAGGCAGAAGCGUGUCGAGCUUACACCUUACAUAGCGAACACCCUCAUCCACGGUUGGGCCGGUGAGAAGAAUAUCGACAAGGCUUUUUCUAUCUACAACAGUGUUGGCCGCGAGAAGCGCGAACCUAGCACAUACGAGGCAAUGACUCGUGCCUUUCUUGCCGUAGAAGACCGCGAACGUGCCAAGUCAGUUGUGGGCGAGAUGCUCUCCCGAGGCUAUCCCAGCGCUGUGGUUAACAAGGUCCUCGAACUCCUCGGUGGUGGCAACAGCGAAGAAGCGGUUGCCAUUUGAGGACUAUUCAUGAUAUUAGCGAUACCAAGAAAUUUUCUCUUUUUUUUUUUGUCAUUUCCUUUGUUCUUUGCUUUUAACGCGAUACCCCCGUGUUGUGCAGCAAGAGGUUGACGUGAUUUUUCUUCCGG